AUGUCGAAGCAAAGAUUAGAGGGUAAGGUGGCUCUUAUCACCGGGGCAGCUAGUGGGAUUGGAGAAGAGACAGUGAGAUUAUUUGCUGAACAUGGAGCACUUAUUGUUGCAGCAGAUGUUCAAGAUGAACAAGGUCGCCAAGUUGCACUUUCAGUAGGCUCAGAAAGAGUGACAUAUCACCAUUGUGAUGUGAGAGAUGAAAAUCAAGUUGAAGAAACGGUGAAAUACACUUUGGAAAAACAUGGUCGCAUAGAUAUCUUGUUCAGUAAUGCUGGAAUAAUAGGGUCCUUAUGUGGCAUCCUUGAGCUUGAUCUGAAUGACUUUGACAGCACCAUGGCUACAAAUGUUCGUGGUGUAGCUGCCACAAUUAAGCACACUGCACGUGCCAUGGUUGCCAAAAGCAUCCGUGGAUCCAUCAUAUGCACCACUAGUGUUGCUGCUUCCAUUGGUGGAACGGGUCCUCAUGGUUACACCACAUCAAAACAUGCUCUUUUGGGUCUUGUGAAAUCAGCUUGUAGUGAGCUUGGAGCUUAUGGAAUAAGAGUUAAUAGCAUAUCCCCUUUUGGGGUUGCCACACCUCUCACAUGUGGAACAUUCAAUCUUGAACCUGAUCAAGUUGAAGCUAAUAGUUGCUCUCAGGCUAAUCUUAAGGGUGUUGUGUUGAAGACUCGGCAUAUAGCAGAAGCAGCUUUGUUUCUUGCCUCUGAUGAAGCUGUUUACGUUAGUGGCCACAACUUGGUGGUUGAUGGUGGCUUCUCCGUGAUUAAGCGUAGUUAUUCUUCCACACUGUUUACAUGA